GAGGCCCUCUUCAGAUCGGAAUCCUUCCCGACCGCACUGUGUGUCCUGGGCACAAAUGUUAAAGACCCUCGCAAUCUCAAGUUUUGAUUUUUGAGCAAGACACAUGGCCCCCUGCAAAGCCCUAAUCCGUUCUUCCCUCUCUCUCUUCCAGUUCAUCCCCCUCCCAAGCCCUAAUUCGUGCCUGCCGCUUGUUUCAGUUCGGUCCUCCUCCUCUUCCCCCGUUAUCUUUCCAGCUCCAUGCAUCGGAACCGGUCCACGCAUUGUCCGUACGAGGAUCUUCUCCACGGUUCAUGGGGCAGCAGCUCUGUCGCUGGAAAGCUUUCCUGUUUCGUCCGAGGAGUCGCCGGAAGAUUCGUCCAAGGACACGGUGGAGCAGUUGCUGACGACCAACCGCGACGACAUCGCCAGGCUGAUGAAGAUGGAGAGGAGGAGGUGCACCGUAAACGACGGUGAGGGCGAGCGCAGGGGAUCAUCAUCAUGGUUCCCGUACCUGGACAAGUUCCGGUGCGGCGAGGUCUACCUCAGCAGCAGUGAGGUGCUGGAGGCGAUCGGACCUCACAUGAUGGAGGAGAGGAAGGAGAGGUUCCGACACGUGGCGAACAACCGCAGCUUCUCGCUCUGUCUUGUCGUCGAAGGCCUCACCGACUUUGGCAACGUCUCGGCUGCGUUUCGGUCAGCGGACGCAUUAGGGAUUCAAUCCGUUCACGUAGUCUCGUGUGACAGCUCCAAAAGGUAUAGAGACAAUCGGCAUGUGAGCAUGGGGGCAGAGAAAUGGCUGGACAUUGAGCUUUGGGACACCCCGAAAGAGUGUUUUCAAGCUCUGAAAUCUCGGGGUUACAGAAUCGCUACGACUCAUUUGGGAAAGGACACGGUAUCCAUAUACGACAUGGACUGGUCAUGCCCUACCGCGUUAGUUGUUGGGAACGAAGGCAGGGGAAUAAGCGAAGAGGCACUGGAGCUAUCGGAUUUGAAGUGUAGCAUUCCGAUGAACGGGAUGGUGGAUUCGUUCAACGUCUCCGUGGCCGCCGGCAUUCUCAUGCACCACGCUGUCUGUGACAGAACCUCCCGUCUGGGAAGGCAUGGAGAUCUUACGGAAGAAGAGAAGCAAAUUUUAAUGGCGGAGUUCUCUUUGCGCCAUAACCACAGCUCCAUCAGCAUCGCUUACGAGUUUGCAAAACGGAAACAAGACUCGCUUCGUUCAAAGCUCUAACCUUUUCUGUUUGACGGAAUCGUGCAUCUCAUUGUGAUAAUUUCCCCAACUGAUCUCAGAAUUUGCGAGAAAAAAGCCCAUUGUAUUAUGAAAUUCUUAAAUAAUAGUGUCUUUCAAAGAUGAAA